CUAACCUGUCGUUUUUGUCCUGUACAACCACAUGUCUACCGUACCAGUGUCCCUCCACUGUUGUGUGCAGCGUGCUCAGAGUUUUUGCCUCUGUUUCAUCUCAGAUUCCAUGUGCGAUGUUGCGCCCUACUUAACGUUGGAUUCAGCCGCGCAACAGGGCUCUGAGUUCCUCAGUAAUGGGUUGAAGCCUAUGGCAGGUACAACAGCCACAGUUGCAAAGGUUGCUUCUUUCACAUUUGGGGAGGAGGAACAUCCAUUGGAAGAGUCAGUUAAUGCCAAUGGUAAACAGCGUUCAAGUGCACCAAAUGCGAAAGCGGGGCCUUCCAAGGUGGCUAGGACCACCGGAGAGGUGCAAUUUGCAUGUGACUUACCAGAACACCUCAAGCAAGGUGGACUUGAACCGACAUGGUGGUACUAUCUAUCUGGAUACUCACCUCUGAAAGGUGCCGACUUCUCGGUAGAGUCAAAGAUUGCUAGCGGCCGCAUAAGAUGCUAUUUCGCCCUCUUUCGCUGUGCAUUCAAGGGUUUCGAGAUCCUCCAAGAGCCUCUUAGCCAUUUCGCAAAGACAUUCCUGAUACCCUCGCUUCCAGUCUCACUCAAAGUUCCUUUAAUGCAUUUAUUAUGUCGAAGUAUGGGAUUUCGAUCACAAGAGAUGGACCUGCCUGCCUUGGGGCGACCCGCCUUCCUGGGUCAGCUGUAUGACGCUACCUCGGAGCGCCUUAUGAAUACGCAGCUUUUCAGUCCUGAAGUAGCGAGUAAGGUGCAGAUUGUCCCCAAUCCCUCGAACAGCGUCAAGUUCAAAGACAUAAGCACAAUCUCAGAGCGAAGUCACGCUUUGGAUAUCAACGCUGAGCUCUCCCUCAGCAUCCUCGGUGGCUUGAUUGACCUGAAGGGUUCAGGCCAAUAUCUCGAUACCAGCAAGUCGAACGUGUCGUCACGCGAGGUCUCAAUGAUCUGCACCACUCGCAGGAACUUGAAGAGGUUGGACCUAAAAGGCAGUGACACUAUCACGCUCGACGCGUACGAACGUGCAGUUAAGCGCCAUGCUACUCAUGUGGUUACUGGUAUCAUUUACGGUGGUACGCUCGUUACCAACGUUGUCGAGAAGGCAUCGUUGUCCGAAUCCCGGACCAAGAUCCAUGGCGAGUUCACCGCCUCCCUCAUGAAGAAGAUGGCGGCGGCCUUUUCUGCAGAGGGUAAGGCGGCAGUUGACAGCGACAAGACAUCCAAGGACGUGCUUCAGAGUCAUGAUUUCGACUUUUACGGUGAUUAUGUUGCCUCUGAUCGUCCCAAUGCUAUGACUAUUGGCGAUCUCUUUGAGCUUGCAAAGACAUGGCCAGAUCUUGUCGGUGAUGGAGUCCCUUGUCAGAUUACUGUCACUCCUCUAGACCAGCUUGUGGACGAGUCGGUCGAGGCGAAAAUUCUCCACGAGCUCGAAAGCGACGAGCUAGCUGCGAUCCUCGCCGCCUAUGAUGAUAUUUUCCGUCUUGCAGGGAGGAGAACUCGUAUUCAGGUUGCCCUCGAAGCCGGGAGCGGAAAUCUUGGUGCAUGCUGCCCAACUUUCAUGGAUAUUUGCAAGAAGCGGAAGAUUAUCACCGAUGGUAUCCUCGGGCGCUCCAGGCGAGCGUUAUCUAAAUUUCUCAUCGCUUUCCGUCAUGGCGGAAUUGAAGAAGCUGGCAAAACCACCACUGAAUUCGUGGAUGCUGCCAAGGUUGGACUAACGGAAAAAUUGAAAGAAUGUGAGCAGGACGAGUCCGUCCUGGGACUUCUGCAGAAUAUUCAUGAGCUAGCUAUUAGUCACGGUGUCCCGUUGGAAACUCUCAAGGGACUUCGCCGCCUAAUGACUCAAGCCGAUCAGAGAAUGCUUGGUGUCGUUCUCAUCCCUCCUUCGCCCAAUCUUGAUGGUGCGAUCAACACUUACGAUGUCUUGGUUUCGAAUAUCAAACGAUGGAGGGUCGAUGAGGACAAGAAAGAUACUUCCGUGGAAGGGAAAGCUAAGGAGACCCUCUUUGUCUCCCUUUACUGUGACCCUGCGCUUGUUCCCGAUAUUUUGAACCUCGACGGAAAGAAAGGCGUGUUGAAGAAGGCACUUGAUGGAUUCGAGAAGAGCCGAGGUUCACGUUUUGUUCAUUACGGGGUUCUACCCAAUGGUAUAUCUACCAUACAGAAACAGAUCGAUUGGUCGCUCCUCAACGACGAAGGAUGGGCAUUCAUCCACAAUGAUCAAGAAUCUUUUGACUACAUCGGUCAAGUCAGUGGUGGAAAGCGACAUGGUAGAGGCACAGUGACCUAUGCAAAUGGAUCAACGUACUCUGGUGAUUGGUGGUACGACCAGAGGCACGGGGAAGGCAAACUUGUUGAAAAGUCGCAGGAAAUUACCGGUGUCUUCAUCAAUGACCAGUAUUGUGUAGAUGGGAUCAUCGCCGACCUUACUAUUCUAGCUCACUACGCGCCUAUCGGAGCGGCGAAGAUUCCGCUUCGUAAACGAAACGCUGGCACAGCUCAUGUUAGUACGAUUGGGACUAUGCUUGGAUGGAUGGAGACCGAGGAGUACAAGCUGGUAGUUGAGGCUAAGGGGGAUCAGAAGCUGGAGAUGAUCGCUGUCGGAAAAUUGAUUAGACAUGAUCAAGAUGAGAUGUUCAACAAAAGCUGGCCACUCGAGGAAGGAGUUGAAAUAAAGGUAGAAAGGAGGACAUAA